AUGCCGACAGAUCUGCGUGCUGAGGUCAUCAAUGGUACCUCUGUUAACUUAAACUGGAAUCCACCAAAGAACUGGAGUCUGGAGAGCAAAUACUAUUUUCUGAAUGUUGGGGAUAGCCAAGUGGAAAUAGACUAUAGGCGUUUCAAUGGAACAUACACAGUCGGCGGUCUACAACGCCUGACCAAAUACGACAUUUCUGUCAGCCUGGGCUACAAGAAUCCCCUUUAUUUGGCACCAGCUGCAACGACCAGCGUGAUAACUCCACCCUCAGGUAGGUAAGCCCUUGUUAUAUUUUCUAUCGUAGAGAACUUCACAUGACUUGCCUAGCAGUCAUGUUAAGUAAAACGUGGAGUAAUGUGUGCCAGGGAACGCGAUUCCCAUCGAGAUAUCUGAGGUUUCGCCUGCGUUUGGAAAACAUGCCUUAGUUUCCACCUUGUUAUAUUUACUAUCGUAGAUAACUUCACAUGACUUACCUCGCAGGCAUAUGAAGUAAAACGUGGAUAAAUUUGCUGCCGUUAUCGCGUCUUCUGGUUGAAUUUUCUUUUGUUUUGCAUUUUUCCCAUUUUGCAUUCCUUUCUCUUUUUGGUUUUUUUUCUGAGCUCUUUAUUUGCUUCGUUUAUAUUCCUUUUUGAGAAAGACCAUUCGGCGAGCUUACCGGUGCUUUUGAAAAUUUCUCUUCGUGCAUAUGCUUUUUUAAUGAAUGGAGGUGCAUACUGAAGAUGUGGGUGAUAUGUGCACUGGACCAUAUUUCGUCCUUUCAUACAAACGGGUUAUUUGAACAGAGUGGGGAAGGGGUGGGUGGGAGGGGGCUCAGAGGUUGUAGUCAGUGGCAGUGAGGGUUAGGAUGGGCCGUGUCACAAGGCGGGAAGUGAAAGAUGUGGGGGCGCGGACACCUGCAUGCAGUUAAUCUAUCCUGGCCCACGGUAGAGGCGGAGCGUGCAAAGGAUUCUUCUGCGCGCACAUGACCGGCCUCUGUAGCCUGAUGGCAGUUGCCUCUGCUGUUGCUCCUUGAUUAUUCUAAGUUCUUCAUCAACGCUAUCUGCCGAACAAAUUUUUCUACCCCUUUGCGCCAAACAUCGGAUCAGAUUACAUUUCUGUUAAAGGGGUACGAAACUGUAGAAGUUCGUAUAUUGUCCAGACCGGGUGUCCUUUCGAUAAAAGCUUCCUUGAAUGCUGUCGUCAGCUCUUCUGCUUAGAAGUGCAUCUAGGAAAGACAGAAAGCCUGCCUUUUCCAUCUCAAACGUAAACUUGAUCGACGAAUCUUCUUGAAUUACAGCAUCCAACAGGGCGGUUUUGUCGAUUUCUCUGAUGGCAAUUGCAAAGAUGUCGUCAAAGUAGCGACCGUAGUGCCUUAGUUUAUUGAUUUGGUCCUUUAACUGACACUUCUCCAUCUUGCCCAUGAAGACAUCGGCAAUGAGAGGACCAAUAUGCGAUCCCAUCUAUUUGUCUAUAAAUUUGGUUGUCAAAAAGGAACUGCACAUAUUGUGCGCAUUUUAUUAAUAGUUCAUUGAGUGCACUCGUCGGAAUACCUAUUUCAUGGUGACUGGUUGACAAGAAUUCGCAUAUGCACUCAACUGUCUCCGUGACCGAAACGUUUGUGAAGAGUGAUGAGACAUCAAGUGAAAACAUCCCCAUACCGUUUAAGUCUGGGUCUUUAACAUCCUCGAUGUAUUCGAAGGUGUCCCGGUAGCUAUGUGGUGACAGUUGAAACUGUAGAGGUUUGAGUUUCUCCGCGAACCAUUUCACAUGAUAGGGAGAGUUGCGCAUGCCCAAGAUCGGACAGACUUGCAGGCCGUUCUUGUGGAUUUUCGGUGGACCAUAGAAUCGAGGGAUGUGUAUGCCUACUGAAAGGAGGUUUUGGAAUUCGCGAUCGUUGAUGAAGUCGUCUCCUGCAUGGAGUCUGCGCAAGCAGUCCGUUAUUUGUGCUUCUAUUUCGUCUGCGGAAUCUUUCUCUCUUUUGGCUUUCCUGAAUUUCUUCCGAUCUGAAAAUAUGGACUGUAUUUUCGUCACAUAAUCCGACCUAUACAUUAUAACCACGCCUGUUCCUUUAUCCGGUCCAGUUACUAAAAUGUCUCUGUUCUCUCUCAGCUGCUUUGAAUUCUGUAUGUGAGCUUUUGCCAGCAGUCCCGACUUUUUGUGCUUUUGUUCAGAUAAUGAUAAUUGCAAUUCACUAGGGUUGAUUUCAAGUGUUUUCUUAUUUUCUUUUCGCUUUCAGAUUCUUUAACUUGUGGGAUUCGAAAACUGCCUCACGGUGA